AAAAAUAAUUGCGUAACUGCUCUUGGUUCAAGGAACUCCUGAUAUUACGGAGAUGUAUAUAUAUAACGACGAUGUAUAUUUUGAAUUGAUCGAUCUGUAAUGACAAAUUUUCAAACUUUCGAUCAUUUCGUGUCAUGUGUCAGCUUGGAUGCGCCUGAACGAAAGUCUGCCGGUGGGAAAUCAAAUUAUAAGUACUUGGGAAUCUGCAACAUUUUCUUGAGAUGCAUUGGCAGACCGAGUGAUGACUAACUAUGGGGCAGCAACCGACGAGGAACUUUUCGAGCAGUUCUGCGAGGAUUUCGCGACCGUCGCAGGAAUGCAGGGACGCGUCGCUUAUCUACUCAUGUCCAUACACGUGGCGAACCCUUGCAUCCUGCACAGAUUCUUCUCCUACGAUCCAUCGACCGUCCUGUACACGAACAUGGUUUACGGUAUAGGGCUGAUGCUGUACGCGAGGCCGAACAUGCGACCGAUCGGCAACAUAAACCGGAUCAUCUUCAGCUUACUGGGAUCUCUGAUGUUCAAUUUCUCGAGCGUCGCCGUCUUCGAUCACAUCAGGGAGCGUUUCUUCCGGAAACCUUUCCUGGUCACUUUCCUCGGAUUCAUAUCCGGAAGAUUCUUCAUGCUCCAUCUGUUGGCGUAUCUGUACCAUGUGGACAUACGAUCGAGAAGCAGGAACGUGCCGCGAAACUCGACAUUCGAUUCGAUGUAUAUUGACUAAAUUUCACAAACUAUCUCCUUCACAUCAACGAUGUCACAUGUAAUAAAUAACAAUAAAUUUCCAGUAAGGGGAAAUAUGCUUUAUAAGUUUUAUUGCUUAUAAUAUAAUAUGUGUAUACAUGUAAAAAUAUUAUUUAAAUAUAAUCAAGUCAGGAUAGUUAACUUAAGGAAUAGCGCACUGAAUAAAUAUUUACAAUUGAAUUUUCGUUGCAUGACUCCUCCUUAUUGAUUCGUCUCUAGGCAACUAAUAUUUACAUAAUUAUCAUGCUCUGAAUACGUAUUACCUACGUACUUAAAACAAAAGAAAAAAAAUAAUAAUAAAAAAAAAACAAAAUCGAACAUUACAAUAUAACAUGAUUAUUGUGAUUCUAUCACAGUACAGUUUGUAUAAUUGACGUUUAACUUCUUUUUGUUUUUGUUUUGUUUCUUACGUUUCCCGAGAUCCCCGAGAGUAAUAAUAAUAAUAAUAAAACAAAA